ACCGCAAAAAAUUUGUAGCAGUCGAAACCAGAGAUCGCCAAUUGUGACAGCUUCUCUUACGAAGCACGAAACCACGGCGGGCGUGGAGGGACGAAGAGCGAACAGCGGUGAAGGGGACGGAGGAGAAGCAUCUGGACAACUUGGAAAGCGCGGGCGGUUGCUGCGAUCGAGAUUUUGUGUUUGGAGGGAUGGAGCUGUGCUCGGAAGAAGCGGUGAGGUUGGUGUGGGAAGGGGCUAUUCCUCUCCAGAUCCAUCUCCAUGAAUCCGAAGUCACGACUCUACCCCCUCCGCCUCCUGUUCUGAUUUUAGGUCCACGUAUUGGAUAUUUGCCGUUAUUGGUGACCGUUAUAAAGCCUCAUUUUAAUGACACUUUGCCACCUGGUGUUGACUCGGUUUGGUUCGACUAUAAAGGUUUGCCUCUUAAAUGGUAUAUACCAACAGGCGUUCUCUUUGAUCUCCUAUGUGCAGAACCUGAAAGACCAUGGAAUUUGACAGUUCAUUUUAGAGGGCAUCCUGGAGAAAUAUUGACACCUUGUGGAGGGGAGGACCCUGUGAAAUGGAGCUUUAUUAACUCCUUGAAGGAGGCAGCAUACAUUAUUAAUGGUAAUUGUAAGAAUGUCAUGAAUAUGUCCCAGACAGAUCAGUCUGAGCUCUGGCAAUCAUUAGCCAAAGGAAACAUGGAGAGUUAUACUCGCGUUUCAUCCAGGCUUAAGCUUGGACCAUAUGGAGAGGAUGCUGUCAUGAGAAUGAGUACAGGCAGAAUACCUAUCAGAUUAUAUUUAAGAAUUCUUGGAGAGGAUGUAGAUGAUUUAGAGGAUGUAACAACUAUAGACAGCUGGGACAGUAUCUCCUAUAUAAAUCGGCCUGUUGAGAUUCACAAUGAAGAAGGCCACUAUAUCACAUUUAGGAGUGCCAUGAGAACUCUCCUACCUGAAUUUUUUGAUGAUGAAGCCUCCGCAUUUGAUCAUGUCCUAGUACCAAGAGGAGACUAUGAAAUUGAUGAUGGCAUUGAGAAUACAGAAGCUACUGCCACAGAUUUUGUCAGCACGAAAUCACAAUCACCCAAGAAGGUAAAUGAAAUCAAAUUAAUUCGAAUUCAGGGUAUCGAAGUGGACCUGGACAUUCCUUUCUUCUGGAUGGUUAACAACUUGAAGAAUCCUGAACAUUUUCUUCAUAUUUGUGUAUUUAUGGUCCCAGCUUUGAACCCUGCCUGAUUCAUCUUUACCUCAACAAUUACUACACUUUUGAUUAAUUUUCUUUUUGUUCUUUUGUAAUAAACUGAUUUCUGUAGAUAGGUUUACCAAAUAUAUUUCUUAUCAUUGGUUUUAUUAGCCUUCUGUAAGGUUGAGGAUAGAUAUAAUUCUCAUGGGUCUUUUACUUA